AUGGUAGCAUUCGCUCUAAAGCACCCCAAAACACGGGAGCUGACAGGUGGAGAUCUCCUGGCACAAUCACUCAAAACAUGUCGGCGUCGAAGUGACCUUUGGACUUCAUGGCGGUCAUCUCGACGCUUUUCUCUUGGUCUGGACUUCGACAGACAAGGAAAAUCUUCGAAUACACUUCCCGCUUUGGAAGAUCCAGGGGAUCGUUGGCAGAUCGAUCCCCUUAUUCUCUGCAUCACCUCGUCACCGCCGCUACGGGAUGCGGAGAACAAUUCUUUACAGGGUGUUAUUGACCAGAUCGUUGUGUCAAAGCCGCUGACCAAAUUUGCAUGUCGAAUGACCAACCCGGAAGACACCCAGGAUUAUUUCACAUGCUAUCCGUGUUGCGAUGUCUGGCGCUCCAGAUAG